AUGGAUAUUUGUGUUCUCGAGAAAGCGGCGGAAACCUUAUUGGGUCCUCCCAAUCUUGUAUCGCCGGAAAGUCGGCGAGAAGCAGAGCAGCUGUUUUAUAACAUCAAGCAGGAACUGACAGUUGAAUCUGCAAAACAAGUAAUAGUAAACACAAGAAAUCAGUGCGUUCUCUUCCAAAUUGCUCAAAUGACCGGUGAAAUUGUCCUCCGUGAUUGGGUGCUGCUUUCUAAGGAGCAGAUAGUACAUACAUACAAAAUGUUAUUAGAAUUUGUUGCUCAGAGAGAAGAUUUAUCCCAUUAUGCGCAAACAGAAUUUCUUCGUUCUGUUGCGAUGAUUUUGAAGCGGGGUAUUUUUGAUGGCAAAACAGGUGAUCAGGAGGAGGUUUUCGAACUAAUUCACAAUCUGUUGGUUAACCAGCAUCAGCGGCUACAAGCUAUCGGUGGAGAACUCAUUUCUGCUAUUACGCAACAAUUUUCUUCUUCGUGGAGGAACACCAAGUUCAGCAUUACGUGGGAUUUUCAUGUGAGAGCUAAGACGGAGUUUGAGGAUACGGGUCUUCGACGUCUUUUGGAAAUGUCAUUGAAAACUCUUCAUGCUCUUGCCUCACAAACUAAUAUACUACCUAAUGAAUUUGCUCGGAGAAUCUGUGACAAAUUUCUGGAGGUCGCCGAAACUACAUUGUCAUGGAAUUUCGCCUCAAAAAUCUUCCGCAGGGUUUUCUCUUUGUGCCAGACCACAAACUCUUUCCGUCCACCUGCUUCGUGGAAGGAUUUACUAGAAAAUGAUGAAUUUUUCACACUUUUCUUCCAGAUACAUGCAAAGAUACGCACUGAUGAGGCACUAUCUCUGAAGUCUCUUUCAUGCAUUGUGCAACUUGCUGGACUCUCUGGCGAGGUGAUGGCCUCAUCAGAGUUCACUGAGCACUAUGUGAAGCUUUAUAUUGGUUCCUUGAUGGAAUUAUUCGCUGAAGGUCCUCUUCCCCAUGAGGUCAAUCACUUCUGCACGAUUAUCAAUCGCUUGUUCCAAUAUCGUCCAAUUCAGACGAUAAUGAGAAUAGGACCUGAUCUUAGAAGAAGGUUUUUGUUAUAUAUGUCGCAGUAUAUCCAGCACCUCACCAAACAGGCCAUGCAUAAAGCAAUAGGCGAAGGAGAGCAUGAUGAUCAUCAUUCGUUGGCGUUACUAUAUGAUUCCUGGACUUUACUCCUGAGAGGAAGAUGGAGACUCGAGUUAUCACAAGAGGAAGAAACGCUUAUAGACACCGAACUAAUCAACGGACCAAAUCUUCAAAUAAUAAAAUGUUUCGUGGAAUGCGUCCAAGGACCGCCGCUCGGAUCCCGUCCAGCGUUAUUCACAGACGAUGAUGACGAGGAUGACGAUGACAGAGUGCUUUUCAACGACUUGCUCACUCCUCUUGGAACCAUGGCUUGUUACUGCGUACGAGAUUUUAUGGAUAUGAUGAUACACUUACUGCGUGAGCACAUUGCCGAAUUUGAAAGGAUGGCUUCUGGAUCUGCGGAUGUGGCUCGACUACCGCAAUGGCAAGAGGACAUGCACUGGUUGAUGUUGAUAAUUUCUAAUUCGGUAGUAUGUGAAGACAUUGACGGAACCUGUCGUACAGAAGGGGAUGUUUUCGAGAAUUCAGUUGCAUUAGUAGCUGAAAGAGGACAGGUGUUCAGCAUUGACGAAACGGAUGCGUUCCUUAGUCAGUGUAUCGAAAAUCCAUCGAUUGGAAGAGAGCAAGCGGAUGAACGCAUUGAUCCAUACUUGAGGCUCAUUGGUGAAGUUUUGUCGUGGUCGGCACUUGAACAUCAACUGGUCUCUGGAGCUAUUGCGAAGUUUGUCAGUCCAGAAUUAACACGGUCAUCUCUCCUGUGUCUUAAGAGGUUGCUAAGCGCAGCGAGUUGUCUUGUGGAAUAUGCGGAUGCGGACCCCCUUGCUCUUCCUGUUCUUCCGCAAACGGGCACAUUUGCACAAUUAAUUGUGAAGUUUGUUGUGCACAAAGUGUUUGUAAUUUUGAAGAAGUUCAGUGGAGAAGAAAGGUUAUGUUUGGAUGCAGUGAACUUACUAACCGGCAUGAUAGAAGCAUAUGCAACAUCACUGGCUUCCGCACCUGAGCUGUUUGAUCAUUUGGCAGAGUUGGACAUAGCUAGUCUGCCUAGUAGGACUCUACUUAUGAAAGCACUAGUUUUGAUUGGAGCUGCUACGAAUGACCAACAGUUGCAGGAGAAUAUGUCUGCCAGGAUCCUCGACCCAUUGGCACAACGAUUCGCUGCCACCUGCCAACAGCCACCCAGCUCAGAAGUGGACAGCCAACUUGUAGAUCUCAUUCAAUGCAUGGACGGGGUGGCUCGAGCUAGUCAACCACAUUCGGCAGCUAUACUCUUUAAAUUCCUGAAACCAGUGCUAGAGAGCUGCGUUCCUCUGAUGAAGUCUCGUUCGUAUUCGCAGCCGGUGGUGGCAGGAAUAUUGGUGUUGAUACAGAAUAUUACCACCAAAGUGUCGAUCUACGUGGAUGAUAAGGAAGAUUCAGCUACUCUUUAUCGAACAAUAGUGAUGAUUGUGGAUGUGUAUCGAUCAGAGCAAGCCUCUCGGUUCAUUGGGAUGACAGAGAAUGACGAGGACAAGGGAAACGACUUGGUGCUCUUCCUGGACAUCCUUUCCAACGUUCUCUCGAAGGACAUACUUGAAGGUGGUGAAGACAACAUUGCAACAGGGGCGCAGGUUGCACUUGCAUCUCUAGAGAUGCUUCUAAGCGUUAUGAAUGAAUCUGUGCUUAAACUGCCAGACCUCGCCAUGAAAUUCUUCAGACUCGUGCUUUAUCUUGUGGAGUUCUCCAGAGAAGCACUAUCUGUGAUGUCUGCAGAUUUACUGGUGGCUUUGUGCCAAUGUUUAAGGGAGGGAAUGACAUCACAAUAUGGCUCCGAAAUCGCAUGUACUUCCAUGGAAGCAUUAACAGAAGUUGUCAGCUAUUUCAUGGUCAUGAACCUUCAAGUGUCCCCGCUGCUAGCGCAGCAGUUUACUGACACAAUCCCUCUGGCUUUCGAGACUUGCUUGGAGAACAGUUGCGAGAAUACUAUUUUCAAUGAAGCCACCUCGUGUCUUUAUAGCCUGAUUUGCUUUGAUAAGGUAGCAUUCGAUCGCUUCGUAACAGAAAUGUUGUCAAGCAAAAGUAAUGAGGCGGCAUCAAAUAAGUUGAGAGAAGAAUUUGCAGCGUUGCUUCCAGAAGAUCCAAAGCCGGGAAGAAGAGAGAGGAUUGCUUUCCGCCAGAGAAUGGAGCGAUUUCUGAACGAGAUUCAAGGGCUGCUCUCCUAUGUGUAG